AUGCUUAUAGUUAUCCCGAGCAUCGCUCUCCGCCCCAUCUUUGAUGGCGAGGCCGGAGGAGGGCUGGAACCCACGGCACUGCUCCGAUUGCAGGGAGGUGUAGGUCCCCCACAGAGGCCCGGGUUGCCUUCGAAGCUUGAGAUUGGGAAACUGGAGAACUGCACACCGUCUGGUAUCUCCCCCGACAGAUUGUUGUGAGCCGCACUAAACUUCGACAGGAAGCUGAGGCUAUUGAGGGAUCUGGGGAUCGGCCCGUGCAGCUGGUUUCUCGAUAACUCCAGAAUCUCCAGGUUCUGCAUGCCGGAGAUGCUGUCGGGAAUGGUGCCGGUGAUGUUGUUAUUGCUCAGAUCCAGCACGUGGAGCUGCUUCAGCUGCCCAAACUCCGGCAGGAUGGGCCCGGUGAUGCCAUUGUCGUUCAGGUACAGUGCUGGGGGAAAGCUUGAGAUCUGGUUGUACUGA